AGUUAAUAUUUUCCCACUGUCUCCCUGUUAACUGCUCCAACUCCUGAUGUUCGAUGGGAUUUUGAUUCCCUCUGUCCCCUCCCAGAAUUCCACCCUGGGACACGCCCCUCCCGUGUGCUGUUGUUUCCACAAACCCAACACCCAAUCCCCAGCCAGCCCUGCCCUCUCAUUGACCCCUUACCCAUCCAGUGCCAACCCAUGCCAACUGGGUGGAAAGCACCAAAUCCCUCCAAGUAGACAGCUGAACCUUCAACAAACCCCUUUCCCUUAACGUUAAGCCAAUCAGAUUGUCUUCACCCAAGACCUCCCCUUUUCUUAAUGCUCAUAAAACUGCCAAUCCAAGGGGGAGGCAGAGAGGGAGUGUUCAACCAGCUUAGCAUUUCGACAUGUUGUCAAAAUAGGCCAACGUCCAGUCCCCCGUAUCCCCUCCGUGGGCUCAUCAAUCUGUCAGUCCAGCAAAAACCGAUCCCUCCCCUUCACAGCUGUGCAAACAACCCCCUCCAGAGCUAAGCCCCUUUCCGUGCUCUGGAGGUGACAUUCUGAUGGGAACUGGGGUGGGAUGUGGGUGGCGAUGGAGGUGGAGGGGCUGCAUUUGAAAAAGUAAGUGAUAGUGAGAUUCUUUCUCUCUCUCUCUCUCUCCACCCCAGACAAUUCAUCCCAGGUCCCUGAUUGACUGCGUGUUGGAUGCCACGAUGCCUGGGAGACUGCCGAGACCAGCUGCCGUCCCCCUCGUCUGCCUCCUGCUGCUCAGCCUGGUCGCCCGGGGUGCCCGCGGGGUGUGCGAGGCGGGCAGCGCCCACGAGUGCCAGGCGGCGGAGUUUGUGCCUGGUGCGCAGCUGGCGGGGGAGGGCUACGACGUGGUGACCCUGCGGACCACUGGGGCCUUCGUGGUGAACGUGGACACCUGGCGCAAGGCCGACGGCGGCUGCACGCUGUGCCGCAACGAGCUGCUGGGCGGCGCGCGGCAGCGGCUGCCCCUCGCGCUGGCAGACUGGCGUGCCCAGAGCUCCUGCCGACGUGCCCUCUCCAGCCAGCUCUACCGCUCGGCCGCCGAGCUGGUGGAGACCGCCGGCUCCACCCUCACCAACGACUGGCGGGCGGACCUCCGCCUACCGCUCCGGCCGAACGCCCGCAUCCAACUGGUGCUGGCUGGCUCCCAGUCCAAGCUGGUGACGUUCGGCACCACCCGCGCCAGGAGCGACCGCUACAGUUUCACCAGCCAGGGGUUCCAGUGCCACUACUACCGCUACCGGGUGCGGGAGCGGCCCCCCCUGGCGCCCGACUUUGCCCGCUCCCUCACCAACCUGCCUGGCGAGCUGACCAAUGCCAGCCGCCCCCUGUACCGCCAGCUGGUGGCCGCUUACGGCACGCACUACCUCCGCUCGGUGGAGCUGGGCGGGAGCCUGAGGGAUGUCACGGCCUUCCGCACCUGCCAGCUGGCAUCGGGGGGCUACACGGCUGAGGAGGCGAAGGACUGCCUGGCGCUGGAAGCCAGGGCCACUGUGGAAGGGGUGGUCGACGCCGGGGCCGGCUUCAACCGCUGCCGGGAGAUGGCGCGGGCCUUGGGUGGCGCUGCCAAUGUCCACCAGGCCUUGGGCGACCGGGAGACGGAGGUGAAGGGCGGGGAUGCCCAGCAGGGGCGGGACCUCUUCUUCGGCAGCGGGGGCACGGCGGUCUUCGCCCGCUGGGCUGACAGCCUGCCCGCCCACCCGGGCGCCGUGAGCUACGCCCUGGCGCCCCUGCACCACCUGCUGCCCGCCGGCCACCCCGCGCGGGAGAACCUGCGGCGCUACCUGGGCGAGUACGUGGGCGCCAACGCCCUCCUCCAGCAGUGCGGGCAGGGCAGCCCCUGCCCGGCCGGGUCCUACCGCGACCCGCGCCGCCCGUGCUCCUGCCUGUGCCAGGAGGACGGCGGGUUGGAUCGGAGCUGCUGCCCCCGGGAGAAAGGGCUGGCCCGCCUGGUGGUCGCGGUCAAGGAGGGCCGGGACCUCUGGGGGGACGUCUUCUCGGGCACCGACGGCUACGUGGUGGUCAGGUUCGGCCAGGCGCAGGCCAGGACGCCCGUGGUGUGGGACGACAACAACCCCACGUGGGACGCGGAGCUUGACCUGGGCACCGUGCGGCUGACCAGCGGGCACCGCCUGACCGUGGAGGUGUGGGACAGUGAGAAGCGGGGGCGCGACGAUCUCCUGGGGUCCUGCCAGUGCCCCCAGCUCGCCGCCGGCGCCCGCCCUCACGUCUGCUACCUCAAGUACGGCAAGGUGACCUACGCGGUCUCGCUGAGCUGCCUCCCGCACCUAGGGGGCUCCACCUGCCAGGAUUACGCGCCCCGGCCUGACGGCACAGCCUUCGGCCCGCUCCUGCCUGCCGCCCGCCCCAGCGGGACGCCCCCCCUCGCCGUGGUCUACCCUUGACCCCGUCUCCCGAACCCCUGCCGCAAAACCACCAAAGCGCAGCGUCCCACCCUCACCUCCCCAAAGCCUA